AUGGGCAUCUGGGUUCAUGCCGGCAGCUUUCUCACAUGGAGGAUGAAGGGACAGAGUAAUGGUCUGAAGAAUUCGCCUGCCAGCUGCCCCCCACAGUUGUCCAUCACAACUAGUACUGAAGAUGAUCCGGAGCGGCCCGAGCUCACUCCCAGCAGAGCCCUGUCUGCAGGUGAUGACUCAUCAGAGCUUCAGGGGGUGGCUGCCUUGGACAAUGCGGAUCAGCCAGACCACUCUACCAUCCAAGGGAGAGGAGCUCUGUCAAGGAUAGUCCGGCUGGUCGUGGUGCUUAGAGACUGGGCUAACAAAAGCUUGCGGGAGGAGGAGCAAAGGCCAGACUCAUUUCUCGAGCGGUUCCACGGGCCGGAGCUCCAGACAGUGACUGAAGGAGAUGGCAACGUCCAAGGGGACCAGGAAAAGGACGGCAGCAAACGCAAAAAGAAGAAAUGGGAGCUGUUUGUGGUGGAUCCUGCUGGAGACUGGUAUUACCGCUGGCUGCUUGUCAUUGCAGUGCCCGUCCUUUAUAACUGGUGCUUGCUUGUGGCAAGGGCCUGUUUCAGUGACCUCCAGAGGGACUACUGGAUCCAUUGGCUGGUGCUAGACUAUGUCUCGGACUGUAUCUACAUUGCCGAUAUUGUCAUUCGACUGCGCACAGGUUUUUUGGAACAGGGUCUGCUGGUCAGGGACCCGAAGAAGCUACGGGAUAACUACAUCACCACCUUACAAUUCAAACUGGACGUCCUCUCCAUCCUGCCAACAGACCUGGCCUACCUUGCAGUGGGAUUACAUCAGCCUGAACUACGCUUCAACCGGCUGCUGCACUUCUCCCGCAUGUUUGAGUUCUUUGACCGGACUGAGACCAGAACCAGCUACCCAAAUAUCUUCAGGAUCAGCAACCUGGUUCUCUACAUCCUGAUCAUCAUCCAUUGGAACGCCUGUAUUUACUAUGCCAUCUCCAAGGCCAUUGGGUUUGGGACGGACACCUGGGUGUACCCCAAUAUCACCGACCCUGAGUAUGGCUAUCUUGCCAGAGAAUAUGUCUACUGCCUCUACUGGUCCACUCUGACCCUGACCACCAUUGGGGAGACCCCGCCCCCUGAGCGCGACGAGGAGUACCUCUUCGUCAUUGUCGACUUCCUCAUCGGUGUCCUCAUCUUUGCCACCAUUGUGGGGAAUGUGGGCUCCAUGAUCUCCAACAUGAAUGCCACCAGGGCAGAGUUCCAGGCCAAGAUAGAUGCCAUCAAGCACUACAUGCAGUUCCGCAAGGUCAGCAGGCACAUGGAGACCAAAGUUAUCAAGUGGUUCGACUACCUGUGGACCAACAAGAAGGCUGUGGAUGAGCGUGAGGUCCUCAAGAACCUCCCUGACAAGCUGAGGGCGGAGAUUGCCAUCAACGUCCACCUGGAGACUUUGAAGAAGGUGAGGAUCUUCCAGGACUGUGAGGCUGGUCUGCUGGUGGAGCUAGUGCUGAAACUUCGACCACAGGUUUUCAGUCCAGGAGAUUACAUUUGCCGGAAGGGGGACAUCGGCAAGGAGAUGUACAUCAUCAAGGAAGGGAAGCUGGCGGUGGUGGCAGACGAUGGUGUGACCCAGUACGCUUUACUCACCGCGGGAAGCUGCUUUGGCGAGAUCAGCAUUCUCAACAUCAAAGGGAGCAAAAUGGGCAACCGGCGCACGGCCAACAUCCGAAGCCUUGGCUACGCCGAUCUCUUCUGCCUGUCGAAGGACGACUUGAUGGAAGCAGUGACCGAGUACCCUGAUGCCAAGCGGGUCCUGGAGGAGCGUGGCCGGGAGAUCCUGAUCAAGGAAGGGCUUCUGGAUGAGUCUGCGGCCGCAGAGAGCACGGAAGGGAAGGACACAGAGCAGAAGCUGGAGAGGCUGGAGUCCCACCUGGACACGCUGCACACCCGUUUUUCCCGGCUCCUGACUGAGUACAAUGCUGCCCAGCUGAAGCUCAAACAGCGCAUCACUGUCUUGGAGUCCAGGGUAAAGCAGUACAACCAGGACGAAUUCUUCUCGGACAGUUCAGACAGCCCCCUGGAGGAAGAAGAAGAAGCUAAAUCCAAAGGGCAGGAGUGAGGGCCACAGAUGUCAGCUCUGGCUGUGUCCUGCAUGGUGCUGAGAUGGUAUUUCCAGGAAUGCAUUGCUCCCAACGCCUUGUACGAGACUUAUCUCGAACCCCUAGAGGUGCUGCUGCCGGCUUUGGAUGGCUGGGAACUGAGUAGAGAGGAGACAGGUGACUCCAGUAGCUCUCACUCAGGUGUAUCUCUCUCCUUGCUGCCUUUAUCCAAGACCUCAGAGAUCAGUAAAAGCAUGAGACUGACCUCUGCUGCCGCUAACAUUUCCUUCAAGCUCCUGCAGGGAGCCUGCUGUCCUCUUUCUGGCCUUAGAGAUCAGGACUCCAGUAACUCAGCGCCUUGUACAUGGGAGUCAGUGAGGACUCCUGGGCCCCGGCAUGGCCUAGGUGGGGGUGCAUAAGCAUUGAUGUAGUCAGAGAUCUUCUCUUCUUCUUCUUCUCCCUUUUUUAAUGGGGUGGUGAGGAGGAUGCCCUUUUGUUAUCUGAUGGGAAUGCUGGUCCUUCUAAACCGCACGAGAGAAACUGAACCAUAAACCAGAUGCUCAUUAAUGUAAUUUUGGUAUCUGCUUUUGUAACACACUCACUAUGUUAUGUAAAUACUUCUUUUCCAGUG